GAAUGGGUAUUGAGAACAUAGCUUUGCUUAGGCUGCAAGCAAGUGAAUGGCGCUGGAGUUACUCUUAGUCCAGUCACGAGGUUCCUUCGGGAAGAUCCUUGCUUUUCAGUAGCCAUCGCACGGCGGCCGCGAGUUCUGAUUUCUCCUCGAGGAUGAACUUCUAUACAUCGCUACCCUGUCCAAAUUGCAUGCGAUGCGAAGUGCUCGGUUCAUUGGGGGCUGUACACUCGAUGUACAUAAGUAAACCGCUCGUAUUCGCUAUCGUCCCACAGGCAUCCUUGACCCAUGGAUGACAUUAUAGCUUCGUUACAAUCACAGCGGCUACAGAACUACUUAAAUGUCGGGUUAUCCGCUUUGUACUGGUAUGAGUACUGCUUGACGCUUCCGUGGCAAAUCCGGUGUUUCUGGCGUCGCCAAUUCUCUCUCGUGUCCCUGAUGCUUUACCUCAAUUGUUACCUCAAUUGUGUAGUAUGCGUCUUUACCUUCAUAGGUCUACCUGGUGUCGUUAAGCAGGUGUCAGGCUGUAAAGUCUGGUUCUACUUUGGUUGGGCCUUGAAUAUUGUUAACACUGUAAACUUCCAAGCAUUGUGUUGUAUUCGAUUAUGGGCAAUAUGCCAUCAGAGAUGGCAGAUGACAGCACCAGUCAUCAUUGUCACCCUGGUUACAGUAUCAAUGAAUGUGGCUGUAUAUUUUCGACAUACAUCAUUUGACAUUGAGCCAUUCUUUGGCUGUAGCAAUGCAAUUAAGAUAAGCAACACACUUGAUCUUGAAUGUAUGCUGUCAUUGAGCUUUAUGGCCAUGAUUCUAAGUGAAUGUUGGGCUAUUGCAAUGGUCUUGAAGGAGAUCUAUCCUUUAAUGCAUGCCACCUUUAGUGGCCCCUAUGUGAAGGUAUUAAUAGAAGAUGCUUUAGUUGGGUUUAUGGCUAUGCUUAGCAUGAGCAUCUUGGAUGUAUGCUAUCUCAAGUACUUCCAGAUGAACAAUCCUCUGCCAACAGGUUUUGACUUGAUCAAUGCAAUAUUGGUUGCUGACCUCCUUUACAAAUUGCGCAGUGUUGGCUUGUCUUCAGACAUGUCAGAGGCCACUACUGAACAAACAACCAGGAAUAUGCACUUUGAGGAAGGCAUUACCAGGACUUUGGGAGGUCCCACUGUGGAUGAGGAAGCUCUUGCAGUUGCUAAAGUCACAGGACUCCCUUUGCAAGAAGCAGACCCCUUGGUUGAGAACCUCUCACCCUGUGAUGUCUCUUCUAGUACUACCAGCAAAGCAUCCUCUCUCUUGGGCUGUGGCAUGGAUGCUGAAAGAAGUGGAGAGGAUAAGUGGUCUCUUCAUAUCAUGCAAGAAGAAGAUGUAGCAGAUGCAUUAGAUCAGGUAGAUUGGGGAUAUAGGUCUGAGGAUGGACUACCUUUUUACAAUGUGGAAAACCACAGUGGUCUCACAACCUUCACAACAGACUUCGUACCACAUCAAUAGUUUCUCUAAGCAAUACAUAUUGUAACAUAUACUUGAUCCUGUAAUCUUUGAUUAUCCAUUACCAUAGUCCUGGAAUAAAGUCACCCUAGGCUC